UGCUCAUCACAUGAUAGCCAGGGAGAAGUCGGGGAGGAGUAAAGGGUUUUUCUUUGCAGUCGUUCGUCAUAUGAUUAAAAGUCCAGCGGAAAACUGAAAAUGUUGCGGAGUUGCGUCGUUUUUUCGCUGUUCAUUGCAGCCAUUCAUGCUGCGGGCGAGUUUCACGGUCCUGAACAGCCCCAAGGCGAUCAGCUUCAAGGGCAACGAUGCCUUGGAGAGCUACUACCUGGGCGAUGUUCUAUAUGCGUGCAUGGGCAACUCCGUGAUUGGUGACUCAAACUGGAACGGCGUGACCAUCAACGAUCCCUUCAAUAUGGCCAAGGGCGUCAUCGUGGUCCACGUUAAGGGCACUGGUCACGUGACCACCUCACAAGAGAAAUUCACAAGCCGCAGCCAAUCUCCGCAGUUUAUCUCCUUUGAUUUAUUAUAAAGCUUAAACGUUUCUCAUUGCUGCCCCGGAGCCAGUGUUCGUUAAAGAUAAAACAGAAUUCUGUUCCCAAUUUCUUUAUGAAAUGAAAAAGAGUGAAGCCAAAAAAAGCUUUGGCUUUUUACGCCCGCCUGACCUAAUGUCAUUUUAAUUUCCAUGAAUGUAUUCACGCCCAAGGCGCCACCAGAUAACCCCUUCUUCCGGCGAGGGAGUCCAGAAAGUGUCACUGGCUUUGUGGGUAGUCUGACAGCUGAAAAAUGAAACGCCGGUCCGUCCGGCCAUGAUGUGGCCACACAAAAAGUGAGUCCAUGCGAGAUUCCAGCCCUUUGGCCUUUGGCGUCGGUGGUUGCUAGGAAUCAGUAUUUAUGUCGUGAAAUUAAGCCGAAAGGAAAUAGCCAUGCCAGAAGCAUUCGGCCAGAAAUCGUACUACAUGCAUGCUUUUCGCAUGUUUAAGCGGAUUAAUUAGAGGGCAUAGAUUGUCGUGUAUGUAUUGGCUCACAGCAUUCUGUGAAUAUUAGAUUCCCCUUUCUCAGAAGGACUCCUCCAUCAACACGGCAAACUCCAUACAUGCAUAAUCGAACAGCUCAAAUGGUAAUGGCCACACAUCCAAAGGAUGAAAGGAGUAAGUUGCACUGAAAGAAUGUCACCAGAGCUUGCAGAAUAAUAGUAUUCCUAUAGAAUAAAUUGGUACUAUUAUUUAAAUUCCGACUCAACAUAUUCAUUUUAGUAACAUAAAAUAAAAAAAUUAUUAAAACAG